AUGAGUACGCAAGAUAAAGUUGAUGAUUAUAACAAUAUAAUGAGUUUUGAUGAUGAGAGAAUAUUCAAGAAACGUCGAAUUAUUUCUAAACAAACAUCUACUGAAACUUUCAAGCAAAAUCUUGAUGAUAAAGUCCAAGUCUUUUCAAGCCAAGGGUUGAAGAUGAAACUUGGAACAUGUUAUGUUCCAAAAGACAAUGAGUUGAAGCCUUUAGGAGAAGAUGCUUGUUUUAUUUGCUACGAGGAACAAACUUUGGGUGUGGCUGAUGGUGUUGGAGGAUGGGUAGACAUGGGCGUGGAUGCAGGCGAAUAUGCUCGGCAACUGAUGGCUAACGCCAUUGUAGCUGUCCAUAAAGAGCAUAUGUUUAAGGGAAGUGUUGAUCUUGGCAAAGUCUUGCACGAAGCUUACUUCCGUACCAAAGUUGAAGGAUCAUCAACUGCUUGUAUUGUCACGCUUAAAGCGGACAUUUUACAUGCUGUGAAUGUUGGAGAUAGUGGGUUCAUGGUAUUUAGGGAUGCAAAAUUGGUCUAUCAAUCACCCAUUCAACAACGAGAUUUUAAUUACCCUUAUCAAUUAGGGAAUAGUAAGACUAGUGAUGGACCUGAUAUGGCAAUGGAGUUAUUUGUGAGGGUGAAGGCAGGGGAUAUAGUUGUUCUUGGCACUGAUGGAUUGUUUGAUAACAUGUAUCCGACCGAGAUGGAAGAAAUCUUGAAACGUGAAACGAAGAAACGAGAAGGAAGUAUUUGCCCAGAGAAACUAGCGUCGUUAAUAGCAGGGUAUGCAUUGUACAACUCGUUCGAUAAGUUUGCACUCUCCCCAUUUGCAAAAGCUGCAAAAAAAGCAGGAUUCAAUUAUAUCGGAGGCAAAGAAGAUGACAUUACAGUUGUUGUAGGAAUCAUUCAAAAUCAAGAGGCUGACCUGAAGUGAUUUCAUUCUUCUCAUUCUCAUGAAUCAUUGUUUUAUUUUUUUUUCUUUGUUUACG